CGCGGCCGGACGAAUGACGGUUUGGCGGAGAGGGCGGGACUAUCCAGGGUGACACGUCGGACGGCGGCGCCAGCGGCAGCGGCGACUCUUCCAGGAGAAGCGAGAGUGACGUUUCCACGGUGCUGUUCCCGUUCAGCGAGAAGAGGCGAAGGACUGACACCACCACCCUCCACUUCUUCUCCAGGGCCAGCAUGGAACGGCUGGACCAAUAGGCGCUGCUCCUUCAAAGGUUUCCGGAAUUGGGCCGGGCCCACCUCCUCCGUUACUUAGCUGCAGCCGCCCCUCCCUCUGUUCAGGACCCCCACGCCGCUAGCGGGAUCCCUCCCCGUCUCGUGGGAAUGGUCCUUUGCUGCCCUGAUCCCCAAGAGUGCUGUGCGGGUUAAAGAGGGCCCUUGGGAUCUUCCUGGGCAGGGACCCUGGUUCUCCAGCCCGGAAUCCCCACACCUACAAAGUGCGCUUCUUCGGUGCUUGUUGCCCUCCCCCUUUUGUCCCUUUAACUUGAUCCCCCUCCGGGUUUUGUCCGGGUCUUGGGGCCCCUCAGCCGGUGCCAUGCGCUUCUCUUCGCUUCUGUCGCUCCUGCGUCCUGUGGGGCCCGUGGUGGUCGGGGUGUCUCUAGGUUUCACGCUUAGCCUGCUCAGUGUAACCUGGGUGGAGGAGCCGUGUGGGCCCGGCCAUGGCAGCUUCCGUGAAGGGGGCCUGGAGCAUCAUCAGCAUCAAGGAGGGCAGGGCAACGCUGCCCGCAAACCGAAUUCAGUCUCUGGGGGUCUAGGCACAGAGCCCGAGCAGAGCUGGGAGCCCCGCGUCCUGCCCUACAAGCCUCUGAACCCAGGGAAGGUGACCAAAAAGACCAUCAGGACCCGAUAUAUCAGCACAGAGCUGGGUAUGCGGCAGCGUCUCUUUGUGGGUGUGCUGACCUCAAAGAACACAUUGAACUCGCUGGCAGUGGCAGUGAAUCGAACACUAGGCCACCGGCUGGAGCGCCUGAUCUACUUCACGGGCACCCGGGGGCGCAAGGUGCCCCAUGGCAUGACGGUGGUGACGCAUGGAGAUGAGAGGCCCAUAUGGAACAUGUACCAGACUGUCAAAUACAUGAUAGACCAUUACCUGUCGGACUUUGAUUGGGUGUUCCUGGUGCAGGAUGAUACUUACGUUGAAGCCCAUCGGGUGAACCACCUGGCCUCUCACCUCAGCAUCGACACUCUGCUCUACAUGGGCCGACCAGAGGAGUUCAUUGGUGGGGACACUCAGGGGCACUACUGCUACGGUGGCUUCGGUUACCUGCUUUCCCGAGCUUUGCUCCUGCGUUUGCAGCCUCACUUGGAAAGUUGCCGGAACGAUAUCUUGAGUGCACGCCCCGAUGAAUGGCUGGGCCGCUGUAUCAUUGACUACACAGGAGUGGACUGCGUGGCAGAGCAGGAGGGCUUACGCUACCAUUACUUUGAGCUUGGGAAGAACACAGACCCUGAGAAGGAGAGCGAUCCGCAAUUCAAUGCUGCAUUCACUGUUCACCCAGUGCUGGACCCUCUUCAGAUGUAUCGGCUGCACAGACACUUUGCUCGUGUAGAGCUGGAGCGCACUUAUCAAGAGAUCCAGCAACUACAGCUGGAGAUCCAGAAUACCAGCAGCCUUUCUGCAGAUGGGGAGCUGAGUAGCUCAUGGCCUAUAGGCAUUCCUCCACCUUUCCAGCCAAAGACCCGGUUUGAGGUGCUUCACUGGGAUUAUUUCACUGAAGAGGCGGCUUUUUCCUGCGUGGAUGGGGCCCCCAAGUGUGAGCUCCAGGGGGCAGAUGCAGCUGAUGUAGCUGACGUGGUUGCUGCAGCAGUGGAAGAGCUGAACCGCCGAUACCAGCCAGUGCUACAUGUGCGCAAGCAGCAGCUAUUGAAUGGCUAUCGUCGUUUUGAUCCUACCCGGGGCAUGGAGUACACCUUGGAUCUGCAGUUGGAGGUGGUGACCCAGAAGGGGCAUAGCCGUUCUUUGGUCAAACGCGUGCAUCUCUUGCGCCCUCUCAGUGAGGUAGAGAUUAUCCCUAUGCCCUAUGUAACAGAAGCCAGCCGUGUCAAUGUCAUCUUGCCCCUGACGGCCUCAGAGAAAGACUACGCUGCUCAUUUCCUUGAUGUCUACGCUGCAGCAGCCUUUGAGAAUGCCGAGAAUGCUGUGUUGACCUUCCUCUUCAUCUAUGAUCCUUUUGAAGCCCAGAAGGUGGCUCAGAAUGAUGUUUUUGGGGCCGUGAAAGCACACAUCACAGAAUAUGAGCGGCGCCACCCUCAGGUGAAGAUUCCUUGGAUUAGCGUAAAGACGGAUGUGCCCUCCCAGAUUAAAGUGAUGGACAUCAUCUCCAAGAAGCAUCCUGUAGAUACGCUCUUCUUUGUGGCCGGAGUGAGCACUGAAGUCACCACUGAGUUCCUCAACCGGUGCCGCAUGAACACUAUCAACAGCUGGCAGGUCUUCUUCCCCAUCCAUUUUCAGGGCUACAACCCCACAAUUGCUUUCCACAACCAGCCUCCCCCACUUUCUGGCUUAGACCUAGUGCGUGAUGCUGGCCAUUUUGAUCGCGAGGUUUUCAGUGAAGCUUGCUUUUACAAUGCUGACUAUAUGGCGGCACGCACCCGGAUGACAGUCGAUGCCCAGGACAAUGAGGAUCUCCUGGAGACCAUGGACAUCUAUGACCUUUUUGUCAAAUAUUCCAAUCUGCAUGUCUUCCGUGCAGUCGAGCCUGCCCUUCUGCAGCCCUUCAGGCCCCAGAUCUGCAAUCCCCGGCUGAGCGAGGAACAGUAUCACCGUUGUGUGCAGAGCAGCUUGGAGGGCCUGGGCUCCCGGUCCCAACUGGCCAUGGUGCUCUUCGAGCAGGAGCAGGGCAACAGUACCUGAGGCCAAGCUCUCCCCUGCCUCUCUCAGCCCAUCCGCUUCCCUACCAUCACUUCCUGAAAUGGCAGAGGAGAGCUAAAUAUGACUGCUUAAGCUCUGAACCUCGGGGGUCCCGGCUGGCUUUACAGAUGGUGGAAGAAAAUGGAAAUGGGCGAUGUCUGGUCCCACCCCAGGGCUGUCUUGCUCUGUUUGGUGAGGAGAAGUUCAAUCUCUCUCCCAGGCAUGAGGGCCAGCAGGCAGGAUGGCUCAGGGCCCCAGUUCCUGCCUGGUGGCUGCCAAGACAGCUAGAAGGGUUUUCAGAAACAUCAGCAAAAAUGGGGAUGUGUUGAUGUGGAGGAGGCUGGGUGUCUGGUUUGUGGGACUACUGGGGGAUGGAGUGCUAGCCGGCCCCCUCAGGAUUUCUCAGUUUGGGGAGCAACUAAAUCAAUCUCCUGGACUUUGGUUUGCAGCUCCUCAUUAAGUGGGUGAGAGGGCUGAGGGAUUCCUGUUGUAUUUUAUUUGUCCUGUCACACUCUUCAUGGAAACCAUGACUCGGGCUGCUUUAGCCGCUGCUUAGGAUCAAAGGGGAAAGGGAACGAUCGCAGCUCUUGCAAGGAGAGCUCAACUGCCCCUUAGGUCAGGCUGGCUCUGGCUCUGAGGGGUCAAACCCCAUUUCUGCCCUGGCCUGCUGCCAUUUUGUUGUCUGCUGUUGUCUGCAGUUUUGUGUAGUUGCUAUCUUGCAGCCUGAUGCCCUUGCCCAGAACUCAGAAGGGCAUGUGUGGGCCAGCCUGGCAUUGGAUCAGGGAGCUGGCAAGCCCAGAAUAGAGGGAAGAGAUGGAGCUUGGCUCUCCAGUGGGAUUAUAUUUAACGUGGAUUCAGUGAUUAAAAAAAAAAAACCUUACAUUUUAAUAAACUGGAGUGAAAAGCAAGGUGUGUGUUGAUAAUUUUUCUGUUAUGGCUGUGUAUAUGGCAGAGAGAUAUUGGGGAGCAGAUGGGGACUAUUUCUACAAUGGAACUUCUGAGAAAUCAGUGUGCGCUCCCUAAAACUAGAAAAGAGCAGCUGGAUCUUUUAAAUGAAAGAGCCCAAAAAGAACAGCUGUGAAAUUAGCAUCUUAGGUUUUACUAUAUGUCUAAAAGUAUGGAAGAACAGAGAAAGCUAACUGCUGCCUAUAAAUUGCAGCCACCCUUUGGCUAUGCAGCUCCAAUUUUAUAGAAUAUUCUCCAUGCCUAUGAUUUCCUGUUGGAGAAUAGUUAUCGAUAGAGUAGUCAAUGAGAAAACUAAAAAUGGAAUUGGAAGCUCAGUUGUAAUGGGGCGGUGAGUCCACAAAAAAGCCUGUGGAUGGAAAGAAAGGUCAUAGCAGGAAUAUGAAGGGCUGGGUGGAAGAUAGAUGAAAACACUGGAGCUGAAGGAAGAAUACUCAAAGAGGAAAGUAGGGGAUUUCCAGGCCCCACCUUCCGACAUGCUGCAGUGAAGAACACCCAGGAAUCUCAGGAGGCAUUCAAAACAUCACUGUGUUACCCAACAGGAAAAUGUUAUGUCAGUUUAGAACGGGUAGGCAGCCCAAAACACUCAAAGAGCCACUUGGACCAUGACGAAUGAGACUUCAUCGAAAUGUCGCCAAGACACUUCCAAUUUGACGCGGGAGAAAACCCG